GAUCCGGAAAAGACAAACCGGAAGCCCUGCGCAUUGGAAAUAAUCAGCAACAUGACAGAAAACGUGGAAAAGAAAAUGGAAAAUAUGGAUAUCUCAUCAGAGAAAAAGGCAUGAAGAAUUUUUUGUCUCGGCAAUAACUUUCUGAAUUCCAAUGCUUUCAAAAUCAAUUGCACUUCGUCUGUCGAAGAAGAUAGGCUCAUCAUAUAGCCGAUACAUGUCAGCCUGGUCAUCGGCACUGGGUAAUCAAGCCAAGAAAGAAAAAAAGAAGAAAGGAGGUGGGGGAACUGGUGAUAAUGCAAAUCCUGCAUUGAAAGAGAUAAGUCCUCCUCCAGAAUUUUUGGCGUACAGACUAAAGCUGUGGGAUAAAUUAAAGAAAGAAUCAGAUGAAUUUAUUGCUUCACAGCCAAAUACUCCAAUCAAGAUCACAUUACCUGAUGGUAAACAGGUCGAUGGAGAAUGUUGGAAAACUACACCAUAUGAAGUGGCAAAAGGCAUCAGCCAGGGUUUAGCAGAUAAUUGUGUGGUUGCCAAGGUAAAUGGAGAUCUUUGGGAUUUAGACAGACCAUUUGAAAAAGAUGCUGAUUUACAACUUAUAAAAUUUGAAGAUAAAGAUGGUCAGUAUGUAUUUUGGCAUUCAAGUGCUCACAUGUUGGGAGAAGCAAUGGAGAAGUUAUAUGGUGGACACUUGUGUUAUGGUCCUCCUAUUGAUGGAGGAUUUUAUUAUGACAUGUGGUCAGAAGAGAGACAAGUAUCCGGUCAUGAUUACCCAGCAAUAGAAACUGCUGUCAAAGGUAUUGUCAAAGAAAAACAACCAUUUGAAAGAUUAGAAAUGAAGAAAGAAGAUCUACUUAAAAUGUUUGAAUAUAAUAAAUUUAAACAAAGGAUUAUAAAUGAGAAAGUAACCACUCCAACCACUACUGUGUACAGAUGUGGACCGUUGAUAGAUUUAUGUAGAGGCCCACAUGUUCGACAUACUGGUAAAGUCAAAGCUUUUACUGUCACUAAGAAUUCUGCCACAUUCUGGGAAGGGAAGGCUGAUGCUGAAUCUCUACAGAGAAUUUAUGGUAUAUCUUUCCCCGAUACCAAACAGAUGAAAGAAUGGAAACAUAUACAGGAAGAGGCUGCCAAAAGAGAUCACAGAAAAUUGGGAAAGGAACAAGAAUUGUUUUUCUUCCAUGAAUGGAGUCCUGGGAGUUGUUUCUUCUUACCUAAAGGAGCUCAUAUCUGUAAUACAUUGAUUGACUAUAUAAAAAGUGAAUACAGAAAGAGAGGAUUUACUGAGGUUGUGUCUCCUAAUAUAUACAACAGUAAACUAUGGCAACAGUCAGGCCACUGGCAACAUUAUGAUGACAAUAUAUUUAAAUUUGAAGUAGAUAAAGAAACAUUUGCAUUGAAACCAAUGAAUUGUCCGGGACAUUGCCUUAUGUUUGAUCACAGACCUAGAUCAUGGCGAGAGUUACCUAUAAGGAUGGCAGAUUUUGGUGUGUUACACAGAAACGAGUUAUCUGGAGCAUUGAGUGGUCUCACUCGAGUCAGACGUUUUCAACAAGAUGAUGCUCAUAUAUUUUGUAGAGAAGAUCAGAUAAAAGAAGAAAUGGCUGGCUGUUUAGACUUCAUGAAGACUGUUUAUGACACUUUUGGCUUUUCUUUUGAGUUACAAUUAUCUACCAGACCAGAGAAAUACUUAGGGGAAAUAGAAGUCUGGAACGAUGCUGAAAAGGCAUUGACAGAAUGUUUAGAUGCAUCUGGUUUGAAAUGGACCCUGAAUCCUGGAGAUGGGGCUUUCUAUGGCCCUAAGAUAGAUGUACACAUUAUGGAUGCCUUGAAAAGAUCUCACCAGUGUGCUACAAUACAGUUAGAUUUCCAGUUACCCAUCAGAUUUAAUCUUAACUACAACAGUGGUGAAGCUGAUGAGAAAAAGAGACCUGUAAUGAUCCAUAGAGCUAUUUUGGGCUCUGUAGAGAGAAUGGUGGCUGUUCUAACAGAAAAUUAUGGUGGUAAAUGGCCGUUCUGGUUAUCUCCACGACAGUGUGUCAUUAUUCCCGUAGCACCUGUCUAUGAUGCUUAUGCAGAAGAGGUAAAGAAGCAGAUCCAUGAUGCUGGAUUUCUCUGUGAUACUGAUGUGGACCAUAGCACUACACUUAAUAAGAAAAUAAGGAAUUCACAAUUAGCACAGUAUAACUUUAUAUUGGUUGUUGGAGAGAAGGAAGUUGGUAACAAGACUGCUAAUGUCCGUACCAGAGACAACAAAGUACAUGACGAACACAGCAUAGAAAAAAUUAUUGAACGAUUUACAGAAUUCAAAAACUCCAAAUGUUUAGACUCUGAAAACUUCUAAACAAUUGACAUUUUAAAUUAUUUAUUGCUGGCUUUUAGUUGUCUGUAUGACUGGCAAUAGUGCUAUAUUUAGUCCCUAUCAUCCAACAUAGAUCUUCUAGCAUAAAUGACUUAAGAUAUUUCAUAGAAAUGUCACUUCUGGAUACCAUGGUAAAAUCAUGUGUUGGUUCUGUUAAAUUGUCAUAUUACACAGGGGCCGAUCCAGCCAUUUUAAAAAGGGGGGGGGGGGGGGGUCCAACCAUAUGCUCCCAUUCAAAUGCAUUGAUCUGGCAUAAAACGGGGGGGUUCCAACCCCCGGAACCCCACCCCCUGAAUCUGUCAAUGUUAAAAAAUUUCUAAAGCAUUGCACAGAAAUGAAAUAAAACAUUAAAACAGAAGAAUUAUUAUUUCUGAAGAAUCUACGGUGUAUAUAUUGCAACAACAAACAGAUGAUAACAAUGAAAUAUUUUUGUGUUUAUUCAUCAAACACUGUUUGAAGUUCUAAAAUUAUCACAUCAGUUAUUCAUUAGAAGUCAAUUUUAUGAUUAAAUCGCUUUUCUAACUUGAAUUUCUGUUCUUUACAACACAUUCAUUUUAUUUAAAAUUCUACAAAGAGGUUGUCAUUUCAUUAAAUGGCAAAUUGCAGAAAAAGAAAAUAAUUUGUAAAGAUUAAAGACUGCCAACUUUCAUUUGUAAAUAAGGAGAAAAUAAAUGAAACAAACAAUAUGUAAUGUUACUUAAAGUACAUUUGUUAAUUGUCAUGUUAAUGCUCUGUUUAUCUGUACUUUUAAAGUGCAGCUUAUAAUAAGUUUAUUGUAAUCUGAUUUUAUGAAUGGGAUAUGAUUUGUAUACAAGAAUGGUUAUGGAGGAAAAUAAAUCAUGGCUACAUGAAAUCUGGAUUUACCCUAAAUCAUGGGAAAUCACCGAAACCUUGUUAUGUAUCAUUUUAUAAUGGAGACUAAUUUUCCUUGUUUAAUGGUCCGUGUGUUCAGUCUACAGUUAAUAAUUUCAUCUCAUAUCAAAACUACUUAACAGAAUGACUUCAAUUGUGAUCAUCAGGGUUGUGAUGCAAGCACUGUUUAGAUGAACAUUAAAUUCUUCAUCAUAUCUUCUCAAUAUUACUUAACAAAAUAUGACUUUCAAUAUGAUAGACAGCAUGACUAGCUCAACAGUUAUAAUUUUAUGCUUUUGGAAUCUGUAAGACACACUUACCUUGAAUUACUAGUGAGGGUAUACUUAGCACACUGGGGUAUAGUACCGUAUACUUAGCACAGUAGGGGUAUACAUAGUACAACAACACUUGAAUUAUAUUUGUGUUUAUUAAAAAGAAAAAAUCACCUGUUUAUUAAAAUAAAAUUGAUAAAAAAUAAUAGUUAUUGCUUGGAGUAUAUAUGUAAUGUGGUUAUUUAGAAAAUGAAUUUAAUAGCAGUAGAAAAUUGUCAAUAGAAGGGAAAAUAUGGCAUAUGGGUAUAGCAAUAUAAUUAAUUCAUGUUACCACUGAAUUGCACCUUCAAGUAAAAGUACAAAUUCUGUCACUUGGGGAAAACAAGAUAAUAUCUAAAUUAAGUGAUGAUUGAUAUGUUUGUAUUUUAUGUCUGUUGUAUGCUAAAUUAUGACAUGAAAUAAAAUUCUUGAAUUUC